AUGCGGCAUGGGCAGCUCUGCUGCUGGGAGCAUCUCACUGUCACCCCAGGAAUAGAGGGGCUGCGCCCCCCCAAAAGCUCAGCGCUGAGCUGCCCCACAGCCCUGGACGGAGGGUCCCUGUCCCCACUGGGACCCAUGGGCACGUUUCCCAAAGGUUUAACCUCAAAUGUGCCCUGGUUUGAGCCCCGCUUGGGUGCAGGCAUGCCAGGCACUGCAGCUGCCCAGCCCCAGCAGGUGAACGGCGUCCUAGGGGGGUCCGUGCUGCUCUCCCUGGCUCUGUCCCCCAACAAGACAGUGAAGGAGAUCGAGUGGAGCUUUUCAGUUGGUGCCGGUGCUACCAUUCAAGUGGCAGAGUUUGGCCCCGGUGGCUUCAAGCACCCCGGCCCCAAGGACCAGUUCAAGGACCGGCUGGAGAUGUUCAACAAGACAGCGCUGAAGAUCGGGGCCCUGGAGCAGGGCGACAGUGGGGUCUACGGGGCUUGGAUUAAACUGCACCCGGCAGUGGUGGAGAAUCAGUCCUUCAACCUCUCUGUCUAUGGUGAGCAGCUGCAAAGCAGGCCGGUGCCAGUGCCGGGGAUCCGGCACCGGCUGCUCUCCCUCACCACCCAAGGGUGCAAUGUCACCCUGCGGUGCUGGGUGCCGGCUGGCAGUGAUGCUGAAGCCGUCUGGCAGCUCGGCAGCUCCCCCAGGACGCCGUGGGGACAGCUCUGUGAAGACAGCCAGACGCUGUGCCUGGCCGUGCCUGCCAGCACCUUCAACUCCAGCUACACCUGUGUGGCCCGAAAUCCCAUCCAGGAGAAGAACACCUCCAUCCGCCUGGAUGCCCUGUGCCAGCAGGCAGGGACGCCUGACUGGUGGAGGUGGCAUAUGUGCCUGGGGCCGCUGGCCAUGGGCGUGGGAGCCCUGCUCAGCGUCGUCUGGCUGCAGAGGAAGAAGAGGAGGAAGAAAGCAGCCGAAGGAGCUGCCCUCGCCUCCCCCUCCAGCGAGGAUGCUCUGCUGGAGCCAUUUUACGCCGAGACCCAAAGGAGAACCCCCCCUGAGACGCAUGAGUGGGUGAGGCUGGGGGGCCGGGGCCAAAUUUGGCUCCUGGCCAGUUGCACAGUGAUGCUGGGGCCGAAUUCGGCUCAUGCUGGGGCCAGGCUCCAGCUUUCAGCCCUUCCCUCCAGGUUGAGGGUCCCUCCAUGUCCCCGAAGUCCCCUGAGCUGGGGGCUGCAGCCCCCUUCCUCAAGCCCCAUCCCCCUGGAAGCGGCUCCUGGCUCCUGGGGUAGACGGGGAGGUGCCGCGAGGUGACAUUGAAGGGCACUUUCCAGGGCCACCAUGUCCCCGGGGGGCUCGUCCCCAGCCAGGGAGCGGCUGUGACCAUCCCCCUGCCAAAAGGUGGGUGGCUCAGUGGGGGUUUCCUCCCUGUUUUCUGGCCCCAAGCAGCGAGAGCACCCCACCACCAUCUACAGCUAGCUGCA